CUCCUCAUCCCACAACAGCCUUUGAAUCCAUUCAAUAAACAACCCACAAACCAUCAACAUGCCUUCCACCGCUGCUUCCACCAAGGUCCCCCAGACCACCAUGAACUUCAACGGCUACUGCGUUGUUAUGUAAAUAACCUCACAGCGCCUUGAAGGGCCAACGAGAGCAUUGAGAGGCAGAUACCAACCAGCUUUCCUUCAGCAACCUUCUGGCAAACCACCCAUCUCACCUGAGUGAUCCUGUUCUCGCAACAUCACUCGAUGAGAACCAGUGAAGAUCGGUAUCUCGCCUCUCAACGUCAGACCAGCAAUCUGCUUUUCCCUCUAUCAUGAUUGAAAAGCCCACCUCUCGUUCCGCCACAACAGCAACCUCGCCUAGGAAGCUUCUUGUCUCUGCUUCAUGGUGGACUCUGCACAAUGGGAGCACCCACUGACAACAUCCGGAGCGGUGAGGAUCUUUCCUUGAUGGGAAUGGAAAAAACCUUUGUCAACCGGGGAUAUACAUCCGCACACAUCACACACACCAUCCUUUCACAUAAACGACUUUCGCUUCUUUUUGUUGGGGAUAACUUCACACGGGACUACUUUUCGUCCACACGGAGCUUUCCCUCUUCAAUUUUCGACACUCAGGCAACUCACCUUAUCUUUCUGGACCCUUUCUCUCUUUUGUCGUUGAUUCGACACCAAACACCCUUUGCGGACUGAGGACAUCGCCGGCGGGAAACGAUGCAGCAACUUCUCUUUGGUUCACACUCUUCGGCAAACGUCACCUGGGAGUCGGCGGACUCACACCUUCCAACCUCAACCUCUUCCAUCUGCUGGGAGGGAGCUAUUUCGCGACAUGCUUCUCUCUUUUGUUGGGUGGGACUUGCACGGGCUUGGGUAUGGCGCUUGGUUCACCACUCCUUUUUCUUUGCGCACUUUCUUGGAAUUUUCUUGGAUAGGACUGUAGAGGAGGGAAGUCUUCCUUUCUGUCUUGGCAGGGAGGGGGGACUCGCGGGAUGAAAUUUGUGGAGGGGGAGGACCAUGUGGGGAGUUUUCACUGUAUCUUUCUGAUCUUGGUUUGCGGAGGGGAGGGAUUGUGGGGGUGAGUUGGCUUGGUUGAAGGAUUUGAAGAGUGUUAGUUCUUUUAAUAAAAAAAAAACCCCGGUUGACACCAUA